AUGAACUCCAUCGACCCUCAGUCCCAUCACCAGCAGCACCAGCACCAGCACCACCACACCUCCCCGACCGUCGGCUCGCUCCCACCCAAAGGCGCCCAGGAGGCCCCGGACAUGGCCGCCGUCUACUGCGACAACUUCGGCAGCAUGUACCACCAGCAGAGCUUCCAGGGCGCGCAGAGACCCGCCGGCUACGGCCUCGGCGAUUACGCGUCGUCUCCAAACCCGUACCUGUGGCUCAACGGGCCGGGCGUCAACUCGUCCGCGUCCUACCUGCACGGGAACAACCCGGCGUCCUUCAUCCCGCCCUCCUACGGCUCGCAGCGGCAGUUCAUCACCAACUCACCUGGCUUCGGAGGGCCGGACCUGGGCUGGCUGUCCAUCGCCAGCCAGGAGGAGCUGCUGAAGCUGGUGCGUCCGCCCUACUCGUACUCGGCGCUCAUCGCCAUGGCCAUCCAGAACGCGCACGAGAAGAAGCUGACCCUGAGUCAGAUCUACCAGUACGUGGCGGACAACUUCCCCUUUUACAAGAAGAGCAAAGCCGGCUGGCAGAACUCGAUCCGGCACAACUUGUCUCUGAACGACUGCUUCAAGAAGGUGCCGAGGGACGAGGACGAUCCAGGUAAAGGAAACUACUGGACGCUGGACCCAAACUGUGAAAAGAUGUUUGACAACGGGAAUUUCCGCCGGAAAAGGAAAAGACGUUCGGAUCCGAGCAGCGCCGGAGGAGCAGCGGCGGCGGCGGCGGCAGGGUCCACGAAGGUGGAGGACGGGCGGCCGCCGGUGACCCUGAAGCCCUCCGACAGCCCUCAGCUGCUGGGACCCUCCUCCCCGGAGAUGGAGGCGAUGACCGAGAGCCACAAAAGCUCCUCGUCUCCUCCAGGACUGGCCUCGUCCGCUCCCUGCUUUAACAACUUUUACAGCAACAUGUCGUCGCUGGGCUCGGGGACCCCCGGCCGGCAGGGGUCCCUGGGCCUGGUGAACGAGCUGUCGAACAGGAACAUAACGGCCCUCAGCCCCUACCACCCCAACCACGGCGGCGGGCAGGACUCGGGGCCGUCGGAGCACGGCGACGGCCUGCAUUUCAACCGUGGAGUGUACUACAACACGUUUGGCGGCGGCCAGAGCGGACAGUUCAACAGCCACUUCUACAACAGCUUCAGCGUCAACAGCCUGAUUUACCCGAGGGAAGGGACCGAGCUAUAGGAGGCACUUCAACCACACCGCUCCAGGACUCGUUUUUUGUUUUUGCUCUGUGAACCCCCACUGAAAACAACAUGUACAUGCUUUUAUCACAGCAGAGAGGUGAAAAACGCCUCCCAUGCUCACCAACCAACCAGAGAGAUUAGAAAAACUAAACAUUUUUGCACAAUUUGCAUUCAAAUUGUGGGAAAAAAAACACCCAGAGAAUCACAAAAACAAGCACUUAUCUUCUUCUUUUUACUACAUCAAAGCCCAAACUUUGCUCUGAGUAGUAAAAGUUGAUCAUUUAACUCAUUUACCAUCAUUUCUUUUCCUUAAAAACCACUCUGUCAUGUCCAAAAUAUAAAUAUGCAUUUAGCAUUUUUGCCUGUUUUGCCAAAUCCAGCCCGUAACGUCAUUGCAGCUCAAGUAUUUUUGCACAAUUUGCAUUCAAAUUGUGGAAAAAACACCCCAAAAAAUCACAAAAACAAGCACUUAUCUUCUUUUUUUUUACUAUAUCAAAGCCCAUACUUUGCUCUUUGUGGUAAAAGUGCAUCACUGAUCUUAUAUUGAACUAUUUUUGUGCAGAAUAUAAAUAUGCAUUCAGCAUUUGUGCCUGUUUUGCCAAAUCCAGCCCAAAGCAAAGUCUACAUGCUGUCACUGCAGCUCACCGACAUCAAGUGUUUUUCCUACAAUUUGCAUUCAAAUUGUAGGAAAACCACAGAGAAAGUCACAAAAAACAAGCACUUAUCUUUUUUAAAAAAAAACUUGUACCUGCUCUCAGUGCAAAAAGUGGAACCACUGGUUUUAUAUUUUCACUCAAAACCUCCAAAAUAUAAAGAUGCAUUUGAUAUUUUUGCCUUUUUUUUUGCCAAAUCCAGCCCUUAUUGUUUCUUCUUCAUGAAGCUUCAUCAUCGACAAAACUCUGCCAAAGUUGCCUUUUUGUUUUUGUAUUUUUUCGAGACCGCCAUUACCUCAAAAACUACGAUUAAAUGAAAGUUCUGCCUGUGGACAAAUGCAGUAAUAAUUGAUUUAACUGAGAGAAAAACAAAAGCAAACAAACAAACGAACAGGGCUCGCCUUAUUUUUUUACAUCCUCCACGUCGACUGAAACACUACGGCUCGUGUAAAUACAUGUGGACUUGAUUUAAAAAAAAAAAAAAAACAGUGUAUUUUUGUAAAUUAUUAAAAAUAAAAAAAGAAAGGAUAGUUUGUGACUAUUUAUGCUAUUUAUGCUAAUAGGCAUUUUUUUUUCUACUGUUGUCCGAAACUAGUUUGAUUUAAAGCAGAAGUUGAAUAUUAGCUUAAAAAAAAUGCACCGAAAACAGUAUCAUUAAAACCCAGAUGUCAUAAAUAUAAAUUUAUAUAAAGAUAUAUAUAUAUAUAUGUAUUACAUAUAUUAAAAGCUAUAUCCUAUAUCAUGGUUUUUCUCAGGAUUCAGUGUGACAAUCAUUGAAUGGCUUUUGUAUCUACUAUUGUCUUUUAUUUUUUAUCUUUAUACAGUACACACAGCUUCCAGCCAGUUUCAACUGUGAUCAUAAAUAAAUACUAUGUGCUCUCUA